AUGGCUGCUUUAACAUCAGCUCCACUUGUGGUUUUGUUCGCAUGUUCAUGGAUCUUUGUUCUGUGUCAAGAGACACAGGAGCUGAAGGUGAAGGCUGGAGAGGACGGCACUCUUCAGUGUCAGGGUCACAGAUGUGCUACCAUCACAGUGAUAAAGUGGAACAGACCUGACCUGAAGUCAGAUGAUAUUUAUGUCUUCUUCUUCAGAGACGACCGCUCAUAUGAAAACUACCAGCAUGAAUCUUAUCGUGGUCGAGUGGAGCUGAGAGAUCCAGAGAUGAAGGACGGAGACGCUUCUGUUAUUCUGAAGAACGUCAACAUCAACGACACUGGAACAUACGAGUGUCGUGUUAAAGAGGGAAACAAGACAGGGAAAGCUAAACUCAUCAGCAACAUCAGUCUGACAGUGACAGAGCCAGCUGCUUCUUCCUGUAACAUCAGCUACUUCGACCCAUUGGACAGUGGAGUGUACUGGUGUGAGUCCAGAGAGGGAGCAACCAGUAACACCAUCGACCUCACUGUCCCUGGUAAGAUCAGACUGUGGAGUUAG